UGAAUAAUUCAUGAAAACAGGUUAAUAUUACAUUUUUAUUAAGACAUGAAAUAAAGUCUAAAAGUGAGUGCAUUUGAGGUAUAUACAUAUGUACUUAUUUAUCUAUGUACAUAUGGUGCGAGAAGUGAGAAAACCUCUUGAAGAAAAAUAUCGCUGGUUAAUUGAAAGUUGUAUUGAAUAAAAUUAAUAGCAAUUGAAGAAAAUAAAAAUUCGUUUGCUUUGUUAAACGAUGGUCGGAUCCGUUAAAGAUUGCAAUUUCUAGUGUUCUGAGUUCGCAAAGAUUUGUUGAUCUUGUGGCCGCUACAAGUAUAUACACAUGUAUGGAUGUAUGCAUAUGAGUAUGUACCUAAAUAGAUGCUUUAUAUUGCAACGCUUCUUUGUUGUUGCCAUGGCCAGAAUUGCCUAAAUUUGGUUUACGUUUUCUAUGUGUAUAUUAAUAGCGUAGUAUUGAAUACGCAUUCAAAAAACUGUGAAAAUCUGUUACAAGAAGUGCGGCAAAAUUUAGUUCAAUAUUUGUAAUAACGUACAAUAUUUAAGUAUCUUGAAAAGUACACCUCUUAAUUGUUUACUGGAUGUGCGGAUGGGCAAGUGGUCUGCGCAGCUGCAAACACGCGUCACGGCUGACGCGAAGCAGACUGACGAUGUGAAGUGCUAAUGGCUUGCAGUUUCACAAGAGGGAAGGCAACAGAAAAGCAAGCGCUAAAUAAAGUCUCAACCACUGCUCCUACACCAUACCAUAUCAAGCAGAAAAAAAGAAAUACCCAGCCCCCCACAGCUCAGACAAUAACCUAAUGGUGUUGAAUUGCGAAAAUGCCUUCAGCAACAACCGAAGACUUGAGGCGAAAGUUUCUAGCAGUGCAGCAACAGCACUCGGCUCCUCCGAAUCUAGCCAGUGUUGGCAAUCCACUUACACAGGAAGCGUCUGCCUCUGCCUCUGCCAUGAUGAUGACCCCGACAACGACGACGUCGUUGCACGUCUCAACAAGGGCGGACGGCGAGCCGGAACGCACCUAUGUCUUUCCUGGCACACAUCAGUUGACAAGCUCUCUCAUAGGUAGCGUGCCCAACGGCCCGGGUAUACCGGGCGUUGCCAUAAUAUCGGGCAACAUGGCAGGUCCUAUGUCCCACACACUAAGUCCAGCGGCAAUCCCGGGAUCGCGUGGACACGCCCGCUCUGUUAGUCAUGGUGGUGGUGCUAUUCUGGGCGCCAGUGGACGGCCCAUCAAAUCGGCCAUGAAGGGGCAUCAACGCGCCUUUUCUCAAGGUCAAAUUACGGAUUCACCGCCGAGCAGUGGGGCGCCAUCGGGUCGCGGCCAUAGUCGUGUUGGUUCAAAAACCGAUUUUAUUUUACCGCCUGGACACAAAGAUGAGCCGGAGCGCGAAAGGGAAUUCGGACCAUCGGCACCUACGUCGGGUACGGGAGGGCGCGGACACUCCCGACAAGCUUCGCGCUCAGAAUCCAUUUACACGCUACGGCGCACAGAGGCACCGCCUUGGUGGAAACGCAUUGGGUUGUGCAGCUACAAUAAGAGCGACAAGUUCGAAGAACGCAGCUACCGAGUUGUGGUGCCCAACCACAUGGUGCCGCCGAAGACUCCAAAGCGGGACCAUCCCAACGGACAUUUUGUGGGCAACAAAAUAAGAACCACCAAAUACACACUGCUCUCGUUUAUACCCAAGAAUCUUUUGGAGCAAUUCCACCGUGUAGCCAAUUUGUAUUUCAUAUUCAUUGUCCUGCUUAAUUGGGUGCCAGCCAUAAACGCUUUUGGGAAAGAGGUUGCGAUGAUACCGGUGCUCUUUGUGCUAGGCGUAACUGCAGUUAAGGACCUCUUCGAGGACCGACGUCGACGCGCAUCCGAUAAACGAAUCAAUAACACGACAUGUCGUGUGUACGAUGGGGAAACGGAGCGCUAUAAGAGAACCAAGUGGCAGGAUUUGCGGGUUGGGGACAUAGUUCAUUUAUCUAAUAACGAGACCGUACCUGCUGAUAUUUUGCUGUUACGCACGAGUGAGACACAUGGGGUCUGUUACAUAGACACAUGCGAUUUGGAUGGCGAAACCAAUUUAAAACGACGCGAGGUUGUACGUGGCUUUGCGGAAAUGCAGAGCAUUUUUUUGCCUAGCAAAUUUACGAGUCGCGUGGAAGCGGAUGCGCCAACAACAAAACUAUAUAGAUUCCAUGGGGCCUUAAUACAUCCAUCUGGGGAGCGCGUGCCCAUAUCUACGGAGUGUCUUUUGUUAAGAGAAAGCAGACUUAAGAAUACUGACUACAUUGAAGGCAUUGUUGUAUAUGCGGGACAUGAAACGAAGUCAAUGUUGAAUAAUAGUGGUCCAAGAUAUAAACGCUCCCAGGUGGAACAGCAAAUGAAUAUAGAUGUGAUAUGGUGUGUGAUAAUAUUAUUGAUAUUAUGCGUUGUUGGUGCCAUCGGCUGCACGAUGUGGCUAGGCUCCUUUGUAAAUUUUCCAGUACCUUAUUUGCCGUUUCCGGUUAAUGCUGCCUACGAGGGCAUGCUUACGUUUUGGACGUACAUUAUCAUACUACAAGUAAUGAUCCCGCUCUCCCUCUAUGUGACCAUCGAGCUUUGCAAAAUACUACAGGUAUAUCAUAUACACAAUAACAUCGAUUUGUACGAUAAUGACACGAACAAGCAAACCGAGUGCCGUGCAAUGAAUAUUACCGAAGAGCUUGGUCAAAUCCAACACAUUUUUUCGGAUAAGACCGGAACACUGACCGAAAACAAAAUGAUCUUUCGCCAUUGUGUGGUUAAUGGCGCGGACUACAAUCAUCCCCCCUCGGAGCUGGAGAAGGUUUAUACAAAACCUGGCGCCCCAGCGCCACCCUUGGUGCCAAACAAUGCACUUCAGAAUGACAUGGCUCAUUUGACAGGAGGCUACCUGUCCCCGCAUGCACAGCGCAUACAUGAAUUCCUCAUGGUUCUGGCCAUAUGCAAUACGGUAAUUGUAAGCGCGGCUCCUCAUCGAGAUCUUAUGAAUGCCAGCGGCAUCAUCGAAGUGCAGCAGAGCGGCAACAGUCCCGGCAUUCUCAAGCAUGUGAAGACUGUAUCCCGGAGUCAGGUGGCGAAUCUGAAUAGCAGUAACAACACAAGCACACCGCAACCCAAUCACAUUGCAUCCAUACCUGUUGACCGAUACAUGCGUCUCUCUGAAUCACGGUCUGUGACACCAUCUCCGCCGCCAAACUUGAUCUUCGCCAUGCCCACACAGAACCAUCAGCCCACACUCUCGCCGAUCAGCAGUUCCACCGAGUCUACACCGAACUCGGAAUCACCAUCGCCACCGAUGAAGAGCAAGGCCAUGAUGAACAGCAUUUCACCGACCGGAAGGGCUAAAGCAGCUAUUAAUUCCAAGUUCUCCAGUAUAGCCACAUUCCUAAAUAACAAAACACAAGGGAAACGACUGAAAAUCAAUCAAGCCAAAGCACAGAACAUUUAUAGGACCGCCGAUGGACGACCGCUUUACGAGGCCGAAAGUCCCGAUGAGCUGGCAUUGGUUAACGCUGCGUACAGCUACGACUGUUGUCUACUUAAUCGCAGUCCCAACCACAUUUUAGUCAACAUGCCGCAUGCCAGCGUUAGCGUCGAGUACGAUAUACUCAAGGUUCUUCCAUUUGAUUCUAGUCGCAAAUGCAUGUCAAUUGUGGUGCGGCGCACAGGCACCCAGGAAAUAGUGUUGUAUACAAAAGGCGCAGAUAGUUCCAUAAUGCCAGCACUGGCGCCUUGUGCGCAAAACAGCCCCGAAGAACUUCUUCGCGAGCAAACCCAACAACAGCUCGAUCGGUAUGCAAGGGAGGGCCUUCGCAUUCUUGUAAUGGCUAAGCGCAAUUUGAACGCCGCGGACUACACAGACUGGUGGGCACGCCAUCAGGAGAUAGAAAUGUCGCUGGAGAAUCGUGAACGGCGUUUACGCGACUCGUUUGCCACACUAGAGAGCAAUUUAACGCUCUUGGGCGCCACGGGCAUUGAAGAUCGUCUACAGGAUGGUGUCCCAGAGACCAUAGCUUCGCUUCUGUCCGCAGGCAUAUCUGUGUGGGUGCUAACUGGGGACAAACCUGAGACGGCGAUUAACAUAGCUUACUCAGCCAAGCUCUUCACGCAGCAGAUGGAGUUGGUCAAACUUUCGGCUCGUUCCCGUGAUGCAGCUGAGUCCGCCAUUAAUUUCUAUUUAAAUGAUAGGAACAGCGACAAAAGGUCCUCUGCCUAUCAUUUGGAGUCGCAUAACAAACAACGCGCUCUGGUGGUGGAUGGCAAGACACUGACUUUCAUUCUAGAUCCCAAAUCAAAAUUGAUUCGUCCAUUUCUCAAGCUUGCCAAAAGCUGCGCCUCUGUUCUCUGCUGUCGUUCCACACCUCUACAAAAAGCCUAUCUGGUUAAGGUGGUCAAGGAGGAGUUGAACUUGCGCACUCUGGCCAUUGGUGAUGGAGCGAAUGAUGUUUCCAUGAUACAAAUGGCCGAUGUAGGCGUUGGCAUUUCUGGCCAAGAAGGGAUGCAAGCUGUGAUGGCGGCUGAUUUUACGCUCUCACGUUUCCGCUAUCUGGAGCGUUUGCUGCUCUCACACGGUUAUUGGUGCUACGAUCGAUUGGCGCGCAUGAUUCUGUAUUUCUUCUACAAAAAUGCUGCCUUUGUUUUUCUGAUAUUUUGGUAUCAAUUGUAUUGUGGCUUUUCUGGCUCUGUUAUGAUGGACCAGAUGUAUUUAAUGCUGUACAAUUUGAUAUUCACGUCACUGCCUCCUUUGGCUAUUGGUGUCUAUGAUAAACGCGUGCCUGAAGAUUUGCUUUUGAAGAAUCCGUAUCUUUAUAAACAUGGUCGCCUAGGCCUUGUCUAUAGACCCCACGAUUUUUGGAUGAUUCUCUUAGAUGCCCUUUACCAAAGUCUAGUAAUCUUUUUCGUUGCGCUGUGCGCUUACUCGGAGAGUGAUGUGGGCAUUUGGGAAUUUGGCACAACGAUAACGGCGUCCUGUUUGUUCGUCAAUCUGGCGCACGGUGCGAUUGAAAUACGUUCCUGGACGGUGCUGCAUAUCAUAUCCAUAGUGAUUAGCUUAUUAUCCUUCUAUUUGUUCUCCAUUGUGUACAAUUCAAUGUGCGUCAAUUGCUUUGGCCUGCCUUCAACAUACUGGGUAAUCUUCAUGUGUUUCGGCUCUGCAGUGCACUGGCUAGUCAUAUUGUUGUCCACAGUUGUAGCCGUCCUGCCACGCCUUCUCCUAACCACUGUGCGCACAUCUAUAUUUCCUGAUGACAGCACCAAAGUCAUACUGCAAAGUAAACGCGAAAGCAGCAGAGGUGAGGGUUUGUUAGUUACUUGGUCCCGAUCAACGUCAGCAUCAUCAAUUUAUAGAAUCACCGAUUAUGGGUCUAAGAAUCAGAUUAUAACAACGAUUACCUGAUCCAGCGCCAAAUAUAUAACACACAAAUCACACAACACAAAUGUGCUUUCAAUAUAAAUUUGUGGCCUUUGACACCCAAUUACAUUAGUUAAUUAGAUUAUCCAUUAUGUAUAUGGUAUUUAGGUUUUGUUUUAACCUGCGUUGUUUGUAACUUAUAUCUUCAUAAAUUUGUAUAAAAAAAUAGUUCAAUGCAUCGCGGCUAGCUAAAUCGUGGAUUGUUAGGACAGUCUGCAACAACUAAAACGUAGCUAUUUAUUGUUAAUUACAAAAUAAUAAGUUAGUUUAAAUGCUGUAACACCUUGCCUUGAUUGCAAUGAGUCUAACAAUAACAAUAAUCCCACAACUCCACUAUUUAUACUUGGAUUAACUUUUUUGCCAGAAUUGCCGCAAAUAAGUCGAUUCAAACCUCUUUUUUUUGUUUUUGCGCAAAACAUUUGUAACUUAUUUUUAUUAUUUUCAAAUAAGUAGAAAGUAUAUUAGAAAUAAAUAUUUAGAUCGAUGUAUGACUAUUGAUUUGCUCUUUAAAAAAUAAAGCAGUGUUCAUUAAGUUACUAAAGCUAUUUUUGUAUAAGCUUUCCCAAAAUCCUAGACUAUGGGUGAGGAAGAACGAUGGUAUUUGAGGAAAAAUUACAGGAAUUGUAAAGUUAUAUGUUUUUAAAUCAUUUUUUACAACCCUUCCUUUCCUUCUGCCACAAAUGUUGGCUACGUCAAUGUGCCUGAUAGCCAACUAUCCCGAAAGAAAAAUAUAUAAUGCAUCCUACUGUAAUAUCAAAAUCAAACCAGCAUCUGAAUAUUGAUUUAAUUUAGAAACUAAGAAGAAAAGCCAUUAUAAAUUUGUUAUUCAACUUAAAAUACUUAAAAUACUUGAAAAUUCUAACACACCAAGAUCAUUAGUGUUAGUUUAUUAAAAGGCUGUGAUUCUACACUCAUGAAAACAAAAUAUUUAUAUACACGACAAAAAAAAUUUUUUUAUUAAGUUGUACAAUUUUAUUACGUUUUUAUAUAUAAGCAUUGGAUUUCGUAUUCACUUUAACUAAGGAGCAAACCAUUAUAACCUUUUUUGAAGACAGAAUUGUACAUUAGACGUUCUAGUUUUUGU